AUGAGUAUGAAAUCGUUGAGCAAGCGGAUAUGUGAGAGUGAAGAACAAUUUGCGAAGUUCAGAGAUUCGACGUUAGUCAAGUGGGAAGGGCGCACACGGUUGAUAGCUUCUCGGCGGCCGAAAAAUGCCAGCACCGAUUUUUCUGCUUUCGAAAAAGAAAACAUCGUCUCUCAAAUUGAGAAGGUGUGUUCUGAUAAGCAGCGUCUGGUGAAACGGUCUCGCGUAAAAAAGUCCGAUAUCGAGCGGAUUGGAGGUAAUCCUGAGGCUGAAGAGGAUGAAGAAAUUUACGACGAUGAUGAUUUCUAUCAGGUUCUCCUGAAAGAAUUGAUAAGCAAGAAAUCAAACAAUACUCAGGAUCCAGUUGCAAUGACAAGACAUUAUAUUGAAAUGCAGAAAUUGAAAAGCAAACGUGCUAGAAGAAAGGAGAUAGACAACCGUGCUUCCAAAGAUAGGAAAAUCAAGAUAUCUUCCUAUCCCUAA